CUCAGCACCUGCUUUCCACAACUGCUCCAAAAUCUCCAGGUCUCCUGGUGAAGGACAUCACGAUGUCUACAUCUGCGAAAGCUCCACCGGGGCACUUCAAAAUCCUCUACUUCGGACCGGCUGAAAACCACACCUCGAUUACCUCCGAAAAUCUCCCUGCUCCUCUUUCAGUUGCCAAAUUGUUCAGCACUCUUGAGAAAAAAUAUGGGGGGAUAAAAACGAAUCUGCUGGAGAGCUGUCUUGUCACGGUCAAUCUGGAAUAUGUCGACAUUCCAGAGGAUGAGAAUGACGAGGGAAUGGUUAUACAGGAAGGUGAUGAGGUUGCCAUUAUUCCGCCUGUGAGCUCUGGAUGAAGGGUUCUAGGCGGAAACAUUCGGUGAAUCAUAUUGCGAGGUCGAUGGUCUUGAUAGAGCAUCGAUUCAGGGCGCGAUGAAGCAGCAGACCAAUAGUCCGCGCUACUGAAGCCCCUCCUGCCCACUCAAGGUCCGAGGUGGGAAAAUCUACGCAGAUUCUGCGAGAACAGUAUCGAACUCGGAGGCUAGAGCGAGCUGGAGAUAAAGGCAAACGGACGUCCCUUGCUAGUUCAAUAUCCAGCAAGCUGUCAGACAAUAUGUCACGCAGAACAGGAGCAGACCAAAUUGAAGUCCUUCAUUAAUCCUCAGCCUUCCUCAACCAACAACGGUGUCCUCUCCUCAUCCCUUCUAACAUCCACCAAUCUAACCCUCCACCCCC